GGUCAGCAAAUUCUCACAUAUCUUAUAUAGCGCUAUAAAGCGUACGAUUACUGUGUUUUUUUUAAUUCAGGUUAUUGCUCUGGUAAUCGGCGCUAAUGACAUCGGUAGAAGGCCAGCUGUCCAAAUUGUAGAAGAUAUCAAGAGACUAAGCUUCCGUCUGCACACCAUGUCUCCGAGGUGAGUUACUUACAAACUCCCUGUUUAUUAGAUAGAGUAACUUUGUUAUAUAUUACUGGAUAAUAACAUUUUCUCUGCAUAUAGAAAUUAAAAACAAUAAUUAAAUGCUGAUAAAAAUUGAAGUCGCUUUGAAGAAAGGAAUUUGUGGACGAGAAACCUAAGCAAAUCCAUACAAAUACUUUUUAUACCUUAAUUUAUAAAUUGCAGUACAACAGUCCUGGUGUCCGAGAUCCUACCAAGGGGGCGCGAUUUGUUCCAAGUGCAAACCCCCGACCGUGUAACUGCAGAGACUGUGUUUCUAGACGACUGGAAUGCUGUUGCUACUGAAGUCAACAACAUGCUGCACGUGCUUUCUAAGUCUACCAGUUGGUUCCAGACUAUCAGUCAGUGGGACUUUCACUCUUUAUUUGGCGCUGCUCGUCGGUUUCUGGGGAGAGAUGGACUACACCUCAAUAUCGAAGGCACUGAGAAGUUGGCCAACAUCAUCGAAACAGCAAUGGAGUCCGUACCUGCAGUUUCCGUACCCACGUAUUCUCCGAGUCGUGAGCCAGAGGCUACGUGCAUCGCACCUCCGGGAAGACCAAAUCAACCGUCACCGUCCGAUCAUCAGCAAUCCCAUGGUUGGUCCAAGGUUGAUAGGAUAGGUCGCAAGUCGUACUCAAGUCGUAAAACAGGUCGUCGGUCGUCUUCACGUCGAAAGUCGGGUGAACAAGCCUCGUCGGGUUCUGUUGGUGGUCAAUCGUCUUUGGUUGAGAGAGCUUUAGAAAACAGGAGAGUCUACGAAGCCGUUCGUGAUCUUCCAUCUGCUCCACUAUCAAACGGCCGGUAUCAAGCAGCUGCACCUGCGUCGGUAAGAAGAUCAUCUACUUACCUACAGUCUACAAGUCGUCGCCAUGGUAACGGUUCCUCGCCAAGAGUUACACCUUCAACUUGUUCAUCACAGCGUUGUCGUAGAAAAACUCUUUUCAGUAGUGAUAAGUUUGUUUUGUGUGAAAAUGAAUGUAUGUAUUAUUUGAAUACCGAUGUGUCGUCAAAUCUCGUUGGGGGCGGAGUUGAAACACCAAUGUUUUCGUCCACUGAUAGGGUAUUAUCUUACGGAGAAGCGUCCAGCAUUCUGGAAUCGAACUUGCCUAGCAGCACUACGAAAGAUCCGCCUUACAAGCCUAAAGAAGGAAGCGUGUUUUUAUACUGCGACUCGAGAGAUGCUAACAAGAAAGAUGAUUGGAAAGCGGAUGGGUAUACCUGGCGCCAUAAUGGAAGGAAAGAGUACAAAGUCGAAGGGAAAAUAAUUGAAAGACACUUUUAUAAAAUCAGAAAUAACAAUGUUGUCAGUGGCGACUUUCAAAAACACGUCUUUAGGUUUAUAUCAGAUGGAUAUAAUGGUAAAACAGUUUUGGCCUAUUAUGGUAGUUCUAGCGCAUAUCAAUCGUUGCCGCAUGGAAACAGAAAGCGCAAUACUAGACCGUUCAAACGUACUAAACCUUCAGUCGUAGCAGAAAUUAAAACUAAAGUGACAACAAAAGAUAAUCCUAACGAAGUCCUAGAAAAAAUGAGAUCAGAAAAGUCACCAGAGUCUAAACUGAGGGGUGUUGCUGCUCCUAGAAACCUAAAACAAGUGCAAAACUUAAAACAAAGUGUUCAAAACAAUAAAAAGUUGUCACAUGACGCGAUGUUUGCCUUACAUUUACUAGUGACUCAAUUAGAUGGAUAUAUAUUAAGUAUCAAAACAACGCCGGAUUUAGAAGUAGUUGUAGGAAAUGCGGAAUUAUUCCAGGAAGUUAAAAAACUGAUCCAGUUAAAGGACUCGCAUUUAGAAAUUUUCUACGAUACAACUUUUAAUCUCGGUGAUUUUUAUGUUUCCGCGGUGGCAGUUCAACAUCCCAUGUUUAAAGAGAAUCCAGUACUGCCUAUCGCAUUUAUGCUACAUGAGAGAAAAUAUCAGUCGUGUCAUGAAAGCUUCAUUGAUAUCCUGAGUAAGCAAAUACCAAAUUUAAACUCGAAAAAUGUGACUGUUAUUACAGACAGAGAAAGGGGAAUUAUAGGUGCUUUUGAAUCAAAGUUAGAUAAUGCUGCUGUUGUUAAUUGUUGGAAUCAUGUUUUCAGUGAUAUUAAAUUCUGGGUUUCAAAACAUGGCGGCACAAAAGACGAUAAAAAGAUUUAUGAGGCAAAUGUGAGUCUGAAGAGAUUUUUGAAACAAUGUUAA